GUAUAUUGAGAAUAAAUUCGUUAACCAAAUCCCUAACUUCUGUGUCUCUGAGCUCUAUCUGGAGAUGGCCAUGGCGUCAGUGGCUGUGCAUUCGCACGCCUUUCGUUUCCACCCUUUCUUCUCGCGCAGCCCAACACCUUCUUCUACUGCCUUCAACCUCCGAUCUCAACCUCAACCGCUCUGCGUCAAGUGCCAUUGCAAUCAACCACCGCCACCUGUUAUCGCCCCCAGAGAAACCCUCACCGAUUGUCUCCGGGGAUGCACUCGCACGCUCACCACGCUCAUGGGAUUGGCCGUGUUGUUGGCCAAGUCAGUUCCGCUUGGGAAUUGGUCGGCUAUAAGUGCCAACACCGUUUCCACGAUGGGACCGCUGUUCUUCGCCGCUGUGCGGAACCAGCCGAGCGGGGCGCUGAACACGCCGCUCACGGUGGUUGCGGCUGGGCUUGGGAAGUGGCUGGACAUAUACAGCGGGGUUUUGAUGGUUAGGGUUUUGCUGAGUUGGUUCCCGAACAUCCCGUGGGAACGGCAGCCUCUGUCCGCAAUCCGAGACCUCUGCGAUCCCUACCUCAACCUCUUCCGUAACAUUAUUCCCCCCGUUUUUGACACCCUCGACGUUAGUCCUCUUCUCGCUUUCGCCGUUUUGGGCACCCUCGGCUCUAUUCUCCAAACUGCCAUCUGAUCUUCACAAUCAGUCCCUUCUCUUCACCACAGGACAUGCUUCGCUUCCGCUGCGCAUCUUCUUCAUAUGAACCAAACCAUUGCUAUUAGGUUACUUACAGUUUAUACUUUGUUUCGUUUAUGUGGUUAAGGUUGUUGCUUUUCAUUUUCAAAUGUACUCUGUUUUGAGUUACCGACUUCUACCUUUAUUGAAAUUAUUUCAAUAUUGCCUUCGCGGAAAAUUUCCUGUUCA